AUGAGCCGUCAAACGAAAUCAACAGUAAAGUAUGAGAAAGAUAAUAUUAUUGAAGGAAGAGUCAUCAGACGGUCAGUGCGCCUGCUUCCUGAGUCUCAACAAAAGAAAUUAUUAAAUGAGGAGCUGAAAAAUAAUAGAGAAGCUGAUAUUUCAUCAUUACCACCUAUUCAUUUUACCGGAAAAAUUUAUUAUGCUACGGAUUUUGAAGGUUGUGCUAAUAUUUGCGACCAAGUUAUAGAACGAAUUAAUAAAUUUGCAAAGGACAUUGUACCAAUAGGAUUCGACCUGGAGUGGCCGUUUAGUUUCCAAACGGGGUCUGGUAAAACCGCGUUGGCUCAAGUUUGUGUUUCUGAACAAACUUGUCAUUUGUUUCACAUUUACAAUUUGAAAAAAUUGCCAGCUUCGUUUAUUUUACUACUGAGUCAUCCAAAAGUCAGACUCGUUGGUCGAGAUUUUCCAGAAUUUCCAGCCCAGAUAGUUGUUGAGAAUAAUUGCAUCGACUGUGGACCUUUUUGCAACAAAAUAUACAACCGGUCGGGCCGAUGGAGCCUACAGCGUCUCACGGCUUAUUUACUUGAAAAGCAAAUAAGCAAGGAUGCGAAAGUUAGAAACAGUAAAUGGCAUAUUUUACCGCUCAGUGAUGCACAAAAGAGUUACGCUGCCACCGACGCUUAUGUUUCUCUGUUGCUCCAUUUAACCAUCCAAAAGAAGGCCGAGGAAAUUGAACGCCUGAAUAUAACCGAUCAGUCCGAUGUUCAAGGAGAUGCAGUGAUCAAGGAAGACGAAGCGGGACAAGACUACAAAGCUAGUCUGCAUUUACAAAAGACUCUGGUUGACCAGCACCACCAUCAUCCGAAUUCAACCCAAGAAAAUACACUUGUAUUAAUAGAGCACAAUCCUGUUUACACAAUCGGGAUCCGCGAUAAAAAUUAUACAGUUGAAGAAAUUGAAAGACUACGAGGAACCGGUGCUGAGUUUUUUAAAACGAACCGCGGAGGUCUGAUAACAUUCCACGGUCCAGGUCAGCUGGUAGCUUACCCAAUUAUCAACUUGAAGCAAUUCAAGCCUUCAGUCAAGUGGUACGUCGAGCAAAUUGAGAAGACGGUGAUAAGACUUUGUGCAGAAAUGGGAAUAAAAGCCGAAACUUCACCACAUACCGGAGUCUGGGUCGGUGACAAGAAAAUUUGUGCGAUAGGUAUCCACGGCAGCCGGUUCAUAACUUCCCAUGGACUAGCAUUAAAUUGCAACACGGACCUCCAGUGGUUCAAGCACAUUGUGCCUUGCGGAAUCGAGGGUAAAGGCGUGACGAGUCUCUCUGAAGAACUGAACACAGAAGUCACUGUCAGUGAUGUUAUUCCGCUCUUCAAAAAUGCCUUUGAGGAUCAGUUCAAGUGCACGAUCGUUGACUACCAGCCUGGCGAAGCCUCAGAGAUAAUGCGAGCCGCUGUUUCUUCUACGAAAUGA